GAAAUUAUUUUAAACUUUUCGAUAAAGAUUUAAAUCAUCAAAGCCAAAUUCAUCUUUUUUUAUCUUUCUCUCUUUCUCUCUCUCUCUCUGAAAUGUAUUCCAACAACUAUCAACCCACCUUUGAUUUAACCUCCCAUUUGUCUCCCUCGGACCUUGAGUUUGACCGCUGCUUAAACACCAAUUAUCAACAGCAACGCAGUGACAGUAUCGAUUACAGUCGUCGCCCAAGCUAUUUUACUGGUCUCUUAAGCAACAAUAAUAAUAAUAAUAAUAAUAGCAGUGAAGCCAGCUAUUCUGAUGGAGAGCAACAAACACCCAGUCCAUUCAAUAGUUAUGAAGAUUAUCAAUAUCAUCAUCCACUUGAUAACAGCAACAAUAAGCGUCGUCUUAGUACAUUAGUCGAAUUACCUCAUCUUAGUUAUUCUCAACAAGCUUCUAUGACUUAUCAUCAUGGUGGUUGGAUUGGUCAACAUAAUGUCGCCACUUCUUCUUCUGGUACGAAUAGUCCUCAACGCUGUAAUUCAUCACCCAUGAUUUAUGCUAAUCCUGCUGUGGAUAUGUAUUCUCCUCAAACCUAUUUAACCUAUAACCAUCACUCUGGUUACCCACUUGUAGACAAUGUCAUGAUGACUUCUCUUCCUUCCACUACUACUACUACUACUACUGCUGCUGUUACUGCUGAUGGUAUCUAUCGUGAAAGAGCCUCCUCUUCCUCGUCCUCCUCAAGUGAUAGUGCCUUGUCUGUGAGUCCUCCCCCCAGCAGCCGUCGUACCAGUAAAGUCAAUCUCAAGUCCCCUUUAAAACCCACACGCUCACGUGGUCGUAGAGUAUCUAAUAGUCCCAGUAUUGCAGGUCAAAAAGUGUUUACUUGUAAGCAAGAUGAUUGCGGGAAAGUAUUUAAAAGAUCCGAGCAUUUAAAACGUCAUGUCCGUUCUAUUCACACUUUGGAAAAGCCCUUUGAAUGUCCUUAUCACUCAUGCUCAAAACGAUUCUCUCGUUCUGAUAACCUGAACCAACACAUUCGUAUCCAUCGUCAUACAGGCAAAGACAAAAAUAAUAAUAGUAGUUCAACCGCUAGUUCCACUACUGCUGCAGUUAGAAAUAAUUCAUUCAGUAACAACUAUAUGCCCACCUAUUAACUUUUUUCUUCUCUUCCCCCCCCCCAUUUACUUUCUAUUUUAUUACUAUUAUUUUUUUUUCUCUUGCGUUUUAUAUAAGUCUUUUUGCAUUUUUAUUAUACCUCUUUUUUUUCUCUUUCUUUAAAUACUCUUAUUGCAUGCGUUUUUUUUUUUUUUAUUUUACACACACACACACACACACAAACACACACACUUUUUAUAUGGCCCUUUUUUUUUUUUUU